ACAGGACGCGUGAAGCGAGUUGACGUCGACGGCAACGCGGAGGCUUUAGCAGCAAAGUUGGAAGAACUCUGCCGCUAGCUGGGCUAGCUGGUGUCAGCCGCUCUCCGCGUCUCCGCCUGCUUUGCUCCGCUCCCUCCAAGCUCUCCAGACUUGAACAGCGGCGCGACCGGCCCCGGAGACCAAGACAUGACAGACAAAGCCCAGCGUAUAGCAUGAAGCACGCGCUCUCGCGUGCGAUUCCGGAUAAACUGCGGCAUGCGGGGACCCCGGAAAACGCCAGAUGAACAAUAGAAGACGCCUCUUCGAGAGGUCCCACGCACGCCCGAAGCACUCUCUCUCGUGCUCUCAAGCUCCCCACCAUGACCAUGGGACGCCGGCUACUAGCCCUCUCCGUCGUAGUCGUCUCCCUCACUCUCAUGUUCCACUUCUCCUCCCUUCAAUCAACAUUAUCCACCUCGCUCUCCCGCAUGAUGUCCUCCUCCUCAUCGCCCGCUUCUCGUGUGAUUGUCGUCGGCUCGGGCCUUGCAGGACUGUCCGCCGCCCAUGCCGCGCUUCAACGCGGCGUUCCCGUCCACCUCCUCGACCGCGCGCCCAAGCCCGGCGGUAACAGCAUCAAAGCGAGCUCGGGCAUCAACGGCGCCGGCACCCCCGCCCAAGCCGCGGCAGGCAUUUCCGACUCGCCCGCAGCAUUCGCCGAGGACACAGUCAAGAGCGCGGGGGAGCGCUACCGCGCGCCCGAGCAGAUCGUCGACCGCGCCGCGCUCAUCCGCAAGCUCUCCGCCGAGAGCGCCGGCGCCGUUGGGUGGCUCGUAGACGACAUCGGUGUGGACCUCAGCGUCGUCGCCGUGCUGGGCGGGCACAGCGUGCCCCGCACCCACCGGGGCGGGGGCAAGCUGCCGCCGGGCGCUGCCAUCGUCAUGGGACUCCUGAACAAGCUCAAAGAGCACCCGAACUUCACCCUCUCCUCCGGCGCCGAGGUCACAAACCUCAAGGUGGACGGCGGGGCCGUCAAGGGCGUGAAGUACACGCACGCCGGCGAAACCGCGGAGCUCGACGGCGCCGUAGUCUUCGCGGCCGGCGGAUUCGCAGGCGACCGCGCGCUGCUCGCCAAGCACCGCCCCGAUCUCGCAGGCAUGCCGAGCACGAACGACGAGCGGCCGGGCGCGCACGCGCUGCUGGCCAACCUCGGCGUGCCCCUCCUCGACAUGGACAGAGUGCAGGUGCACCCCACGGGCUUCGUGGACCCGGCGAACGUGACGGCGCCCAUCAAGUUCCUCGCGGGCGAGAUGCUGCGGGGCGAGGGCGGCAUCCUCCUCGGCCCGGACGGGAAGCGGUUCGUGAACGAGCUCGGGACACGGGCGAAGGUGUCGGGCGCGAUCAUGGGUCGCGAGCCCGACGCGAGCGACGACGGCACGAAGCAGUGGGCGACGACGAUCCUCCUCGACCCCGGGGCGAGCGAGGCCGCCAAGUUUCACAUCGGGUUCUACGCGUUCAAAGGCUUGCUGCGCAAGGUGCGCGUGUCCGAGCUCGACGCCGCCGUGCGCGCCAGCGUGGACGCGUACGCUGCGGCGGUGCAUGGCGGCGCGGCGGAUCCCUUCGGGCGCAAGAGCUUUGGCAAGUGGAGCUACAAGCCCGGCGACGACGCCGAAGUCUACAUCGGGCAGGUGACGCCCGUGACGCACUUCACGAUGGGCGGAGCGGCGAUCGACACGGGCGCGCGCGUGCUCCGCAAGGACGGCGCGGAGAUGGUGCCCGUGCCUGGUAUUUGGGCGGCGGGCGAGAUCACUGGCGGCGUGCACGGCGACAACCGCCUCGGCGGGAGCAGUCUGCUCGAGUGCGUUGUGUACGGGCGCACGGCGGGCGCGGCGGCCGCCGCGGGCGUCAAGGCGUAGCCCUGUAGAACGACGGCAAUCAGCAGUGUGUAGCGCAGCAUGUGUAUGGAAGCUUCUAUGUGUCCGAGCAG